GUUUAAUUUGUUAGUCUAAAGCCACUACAGUAUAAUUUGGCCACUAUUUCCAAUCCCAGAUGAGAUGGACCAGUUGUUUUUACUGUCUGCAUAUCUAGUUAAUGAAAUGUAAUGUAAUCCCACAGCUGAACCAAAAACUAGAAACCAUCAAAAACCACGGCACAAGUGAAGUGGCCGCUAUAUAUAUUUGCGUUCGGGUUUGUGUUAUCGAUAUCUUGAGGCCUCAAAGCUUUCCCAAUACCACAUACGUGCACCAAAGUUCUUCAGGGCAAAACUCAGCAAUUUUUAUUGAAUGGAGGCCGAAAACAUGAGGAGCAGAGAGCACAAAAUUGUGGUGGCAGUAGACGAGAGCGAAGAGAGCAUGCAUGCUCUCUCCUGGUGUCUGGGAAACCUCUCCUCUCAAAACGCAAACAACACUCUCGUUCUUCUCUAUGUCAAACCGCAGCCAGUCCAUUCCACUUUCGAUGCUGCAGCAUAUAUGUUUUCGAACGAUGUGGUUGGAUCCAUGGAAAAAUACGGGACUAAGAUGGUAAAUUCAGUGAUGCAAAGAGCUGAAGCCGUUUACAGAAAUUUCCAGACCAAUGCGCAUAUUGUGAGAGUAGUAGGGAAGGGAGAUCCAAAGAAUGUGAUAUGUAAUACGGUUGAGAAACUCAAAGCUGACACUUUGGUCAUGGGAAGCCAUGGUUAUGGUUUCUUUAAGAGACUGGUGCAGCACCAGCCCACGCAGUAUCCAACAUCGGAGGAGUUGAGCAUUGGGAAAAUCAAGUUCAAGGCCUUUGAUUUGGGAGGUCAUCAGAUUGCUCGCAGAGUUUGGAGGGAUUACUAUGCAAAGGUGGAUGCUGUGGUGUACCUGGUGGAUGCCUAUGACAAGGCGCGGUUUGCAGAAUCCAAUAAGGAACUAGAUGCACUCCUUUCGGAUGAAGCCCUAGCCACUGUCCCAUUUCUAAUUCUAGGGAACAAGAUUGACCUACCACAUGCUGCCUCGGAGGAUGAGUUGCGAUAUCACCUUGGGCUGACCAACUUCACCACUGGCAAGGGGAAUGUAAACCUAACGGACUCAAGUGUCCGUCCGCUAGAAGUGUUUAUGUGCAGCAUUGUACGGAAAAUGGGGUACGGCGAUGGUUUCAAAUGGCUCUCUCAAUACAUCAAGUAGGAGGAUGGUCGACAAGGUGUACUACCACUUGUCGCGCCUUAAGUUGAAAAUUUAUUCAGUCUCCCUUGUUUUAUUUAGGCUCUUUCUUUGUCUUGGGAUUUGUGUAGAAGGAAAUAUGAAUGUCACUGCUUUGUUAAA